UCCACGAAAUCCAGGGACGCGUGGAUGCAACAUGAGUCAACAAAUCCGAGCUGCCCAACUGCUGCGAGAGGCAGCAAAUUUGCUGCAAUCACCGGUAACUACUGUGACAAGCACAGUACCGCCAUCUACUGGUACAACUUCAACCAGCUCUACACCAGCUGUCCAAGCUAUAAGAUCGUUAUUUGGACCAUAUAACAGACGGAGCUAUGGACGUCGAGGGGGGCGAGUUGAACAGCCAGAAAAAAGACAACCGGUGUCAUAUUGGACACAUAAGUUUGCUGUCAUUCCCAGAUGCAAACAGGAAACGGUACCAAACAGGGAAGAAAAAUAUGGGCUGUACUCCAUGGGAUUUGGCGAGAAGCGUCUAACCAUGGUCAAGUCAACAAAUUCGUUGGACUUUACCACUGCGUUGGAAAAUGCCUUCCCGAAAUUAAAGGCAUUCGGAUAUCCCUUGAAGUAA